CCUUUUAGCCUUGUCUUCGUCCCCCGUCUCUCCUUACCAUCUCUCAAACUGACUCCAUUUACAAUAUCUCCUUAGUUUUGGUCCUUAUAUUUUUGGUCACCAAAACAACAUCUGUGAAGUUGGUUACCGUCUCAAUCGUUCUUAUUUUCUCCACUUCUUCUUGCUUAUGAAUAGCAAUGACCAUCUCGGACUUCUAUGAGCGCCUAAUACCAAGAAACCAAUGAGCAGCUGGUUUAGAAUGAGAAGUUUUUUUCACAUACUUUGGUGCUUUUCCACCCUGUUUUUGCGUCUUUUGCUUCCUUCUCUGGCUCUGAACGUAGAUGGAACGCUCUUGCUUUCCUUCAAAUACUCCAUUCUCAAUGACCCUUUGUCAGUGCUUGAUAACUGGAACUAUGAUGACGAGACGCCGUGUUUAUGGACUGGUGUGACGUGCGCGCAAGUUGAAACGCCCUUUGGCACGCCGGCUAUGUUUCGAGUCAUAAGCUUAGUUCUUCCGAACUCUAAGCUCUUGGGUUCAAUUCCUGAAGAUUUGGGAUACAUCCAACACCUCCGUACUCUUGAUCUCUCUGGCAAUUUCUUGAAUGGGACCCUUCCCAAUUCGCUGUUCAAUGCUUCAGAGCUCCAAGUGCUGUCGCUGUCCAGCAAUGCAAUAACUGGCGGGCUACCGGGGUUCAGCGGAGGAGGACUGAAGAAUCUCAAGCUCCUCAAUCUCUCUGACAAUGCUUUAGCUGGAAAUCUCCCUCCGAAUUUACCGUCUCUGCAGGAGUUAACUGUGGUUUCUCUGAAAAGAAACUUCUUUUCGGGUACUAUUCCAAAUGGGUUUCUGUACGUUGAAGUACUAGAUUUGUCUUCGAAUUUGCUGACUGGAUCACUACCACUUGAAUUUGGUGGAGAAAGAUUAAGGUACUUAAAUCUUUCUACCAACAAGCUCUCUGGCCCGGUAUCUCCAGAAUUUGCGAAGAAAAUCCCAGCAAAUGCAACUAUUAAUCUCUCAUUCAACAACCUCACUGGAGAAAUCCCUGAAUCAAUGGCAUUAUCUAACCAGCAAACAGAGUCCUUCAGGGGAAACAUGGACCUCUGUGGCAAACCGCUCAAGAAACUUUGUACUGUUCCUUCAAGUUUAUCGGCACCACCCAAUAUAUCCACAACAAAUUCCUCUGCUCCGGCAAUUGCGGCCAUACCACAGACAAUCGACUCGACCCCCCUGCCAAGCUCACCGGGAGCAGCAGCAAAUGCAGCCCAAAAUCAAGGACAACACAGGCUAAAACCAGGAACGAUAGCUGGAAUUGCAAUUGGAGAUUUAGCUGGCAUUGGAGUCCUUGCAAUUAUCUGUUUGUAUGUCUACCAACUAAGGAAGCGAAGAGCAGAUGAAGGAAGCAAAGAGAUUCCACUUCCAGUAGCAGUAGAUAAACAGCAGAAAGAUAACGUCAAAGAUUCACAGCUCUCAACAGCGAAGGAGACAACUUCAAGAAGCCUGCCCUCUUGGUCGUGCCUAACUAUAAGAAAUGGUGAAGAAACAUCAGAGGCUACCGCCUCGGACUGCGAUGAUGAAAACAAGAACAUGGACAUUGGACAUCAAAUAGAUCAGUAUCAUGAGAAGGAGCGGAGCACUAAGUACAAGAGCGAAAGGUCACUUGUGAUGGUUGAUGGAGAAACUGAACUUGAUAUCGAGACUUUAUUGAAGGCUUCUGCAUAUAUACUGGGGUCUAGUGCUGCUGCAAGCAUAGUUUACAAAGCUGUACUUGAGGACGGUUCUGCAUUUGCUGUUAGAAGGAUUGGAGAGAGCGGUUUUGAGAGGUUCAAAGACUUUGAGAGUCAAGUUAAAGCUAUCGCAAAGCUGCGCCAUCCAAACUUGGUUCUGCUCAGAGGGUUCUACUGGGGAGACGAUGAGAAGCUUGUCAUCUAUGAUUACAUCUCCAACGGCAGUUUAGCUAAUGCCGGUUACAGAAAGGUUGGCUCAUCACCUUACCAUAUGCCCUUUCAAGUCCGGCUAAAGGUAGCAAAAGGAGUUGCUAGAGGACUAGCAUACGUCCAUGAAAAGAGACAUGUGCAUGGCAACAUCAAGCCUAGCAACAUUCUUUUGACGCCAGAAAUGGAGCCAAUAAUCAGCGAUUUUGGGCUUCAUUCGCUUCUACAUGGCAAAAAUAGCUACAAAACAGAUGCCUUUUCAUCUCGGCAUUUCGGUAGCAUGAGAAGCAGUACUAGUACUGCUACUGCUGCUACAUCAUCUUCUCGCGAUGGGCUGCACGACCACUCUAUCAAUGGCAGCCCUUGCAUUGCACCUGCAGGCUUCAUGGGUUGCACAUCACCUUAUCACGCCCCAGAGUCGCUCAAUAACCUGAAGCCUAAUCCCAAGUGGGACGUUUACUCCUUUGGAAUUCUACUGCUCGAGCUUUUAACGGGCAAAGUGUUUUCAGACCGGGAAUUGGGCCAGUGGACCGCCGGCCUGCUGAUGGAAGACAAGAACCGGGUGUUACGGUUGGCUGAUGUGGCAAUUAGAGGAGACGUGGCAAACAGGGAGGAUGCCAUGCUGGAAUGCUUUAAGCUAGGCUUUAGUUGUGCUUCAUUAAACCCGCAAAAGAGACCUUCCAUGAAAGAUGCGCUUCAAGUUCUUGAUAGAAUCCAGACUUCUCCUUCGUACUAAUCAUGGUGCUGGGCAAAAGCUUAAAUAUAGUGGAGAAAAAAGAGAAAGAGAAAGAGAAAAAGGGGCGAUCGCCUUUGGUCUUUUUGACUUGGAAGAAUGUCUGGCGGGAGGAAUGCUUUUGUUGAUAACUCGUACAAGUGUUGCAAAGUUUGACUGAUGAUGAAUGAAAUUGGUAUUUGUGUAAGACAGAAUUCCGACGGUCUAUCAUAUGAUAUGGUGCAUUUUAUCUUUACUUUGUUGUUAAGAAAGUGAGCACCAUAAUGAGAACUUGCUUGUCUUGAUAAGCGUUUGACAUGCUCAGAGAAGCAGAGUAAUUGCUCACUAAAGGAAAGGAGAUUACAAGGAAGAAUCAAGGAGCUGCAAUAUGAA